AUGCAGUCCACUACGGCGAAGAUUGAGAGGGGAUGUGGCGGCUUUUGCGUUUUUGGCGACUACGGCCCGAUGUAUACCGUUGACGACACCUACCGGGUUGAGGACUCGACUAUUGAGCUCAGCUUCGACCAUUCCGUCCUCACGGCUACAACACCAUACCCUCCCCAUGAUACUACGGAAACACCAGAGAUGCCGGGGACGGGGGCGCCUGCAGAGUCUACUGCUACCGAGGCCCCUGUAGAAGAAUCUACUACUGAAGCCCCCGUAGAGUUGUCCACUACUGAGGCCCCCGUAGAUGCGGCUACUACUGAAGCCCCUGUAGACGAGUCCACUACUGAAGCACCUGUAGACGAGUCCACUACUGAAUCUCCUGUAGAUGAGUCUACUACUGGCGCCCCUAUAGACGAGUCCACUACUGAAGCUCCUGUAGGUGAGGCUACUACCGAAGCCCCUGUAGAUGAGUCUACUACUGAGGCCCCUGUAGACGAGUCUACCACUGAGGCCCCUGUAGACGAGUCCACUACUGAAGCCCCUGUAGACGAGUCUACUACUGAGGCCACCACUGAAGAGUUUACUACUGAGGCCGCUGUAGAUGACUCUACUACUGAGGCCACUAUGGAAGAGUCUACUACUGAGGCCACUAUGGAAGAGUCUACUACUGAGGCCCCUGUAGACGAGUUCACUACUGAAUCUCCUGUAGGUGAGGGUACCACUGAAGCCCCUGUACGCGGUACCACUACUGAAGCCCCUGUAGGUGAGGCUACUACCGAAGCCCCUGUAGAUGUGUCUACUACUGGAUUCCCUGUAGACGAGUCCACUAGUGAAGCCCCUGUAGAUGAGUCUACUACUGAGGCUCCUGUAGACGAGUCCACUACUGGAGCCCCUGUAGAUGCGUCUACUACUGAAGCCCCUGUAGACGAGUCCACUACUGAAGCCUCUGUUGGUGAGUCCACUACUGAGGCUGCUGUAGACGAGUCCACUACUGAGGCCCCUGUAGACGAGUCCACUACUGAGGUUCCUGUAGAUGAGUCUACUACUGAGGCCCCUGUAGACGACUCUACUACCGAGGCCCCUGUUGACGAGUCUACUGCUGAGGCACCUGUAGACGAGUCCACUACUGAGGCCCCUGUAGACGAGUCCACUACUGAGGCUCCUGUAGACGAGUCCACUACUGAGGCCACUACUGAAGAGUUUACUACUGAGGCCGCUGUAGAUGACUCUACUACUGAGGCCACUAUGCAAGGGCUCACUACUGAGGCUCCUGUAGCCGAGUCCACUACUGAAGCCCCUGUUGGUGAGUCUACUACCGAGGCCCCUGUUGACGAGUCCACUACUGAGGCCACUACUGAAGAGUUUACUACUGAGGCCGCUGUAGAUGACUCUACUACUGAGGCCACUAUGCAAGGGCUCACUACUGCGGCUCCUGUAGCCGAGUCCACUACUGAAGCCCCUGUUGGUGAGCCUACUACCGAGGCUCCUGUAGACGGUUCUACUACUGAAGCCCCAGUGGAUGAGUCUACUACUGAAGCUCCUGUAGACGAGUCUGCUACUGAGGCCCCUGUAGACGAGUCUGCUACUGAGGCCCCUGUAGACGAGUCUGCUACUGAGGCCCCUGUAGAUGAGGGUACCACUAAAUCCCCUGUAGACGAGUCCACUACUGAGGCCACUAUGGGAGAGUCCACUACUGAGGCCCCUGUAGAUGCGGCUACCACUGAAACCCCUGUUGGUGAGUCCACUACUGAAGCACCUAUGGGUGAGGCUACUACUGAAGCCCCUGUGAAUGAGUUUACUACUGGAGCCCCUAUAGACGAGUCCACUAGUGAAGCCCCUGUAGAUGAGUUCACUACUGAGGCCCCUGUAGACGAGUCUGCUACUGAGGCCCCUGUAGACGAGUCCACAACUGAAGCUCCUGUGGAUGAGGCUACUACUGAAGCCUCUGUUGGUGAGUCCACUACUGAGGCCCCUGUAGACGAGUCUACAACUGAAGCUCCUGUGAAUGAGUCUACUACUCCUACAGCCACCCUGACUGAGUCUAUGACUACUGGAGCCUCUUCGGUGGUGUCCACCACUGAAUCCUCUAUGAUGGAGGCUACUAGCACUGGAGCUCCGGUAGUUACCAGUGCGCCUCCUAUUGGCGACUUCACUGAUGCUCCUCCCAUCCUCCCAUAA